UGACCUGAAAACUCAUCUGACACCAUGUGUUGUAAUUACUACAGAAACUCCUGCAGGGGCUGUGGGUACGGCUCUAGCUGUGGGUACGGCUCUGGCUGCAGUUCUGGCUGUGGAUAUGGCUGUGGAUACGGCUCUGGCUGCUGUAGCUUCCGACCCUUUUGCUACAGAAGAUACUACUCUUCUUGCUAUCCUGACACCAUGUGUUACAACUACUGUGGAAACUCCUGCAGGGGCUGUGGAUACGGCUCCAGCUGUGGAUACUGCUCUGGCUGUGGAUUUGGCUGUGGAUACAACUCUGAUUGUGGCUAUGGCUGUGGAUAUAGUUCUGGCUGUGGCUCUGGCUGUGGAUAUAGUUCUGGCUGUGGCUCUGGCUGUGGAUACGGCUCUGGCUGUGGCUAUGGCUAUGGAUACGGCUCUGGUUGUGGCUAUGGCUGUGGAUAUGGCAUUGGCUCUGGAUACGGAGCUGGAUGUUGUAGCUACCAACCCUUUUGCUAUAGAAGAUGCUACGCCCCUUGCUACUAAUCUCCAUGGCAAAUCAGGCUUUGCCAUGAAAGGACCACUCUAGGAACAAGUUCAGCUGAAAGCUUUUUACCCAAUAACUUCAAGCCAAAGAGAAUUGU